GAAGGUUUCGCUCCAUUGAGCAACCGCACCGACUCGCGCCAACAUGCCGAUCGGGUAUGGUGCCGAGCCAGAAAUGUCUUGGGCUAGCCCCAAGUGCUCUGGCGAAGUGCCCAACAAACGGUCAGGGCAUACGCUGACUCUGCGAGGGUCGGAGAACGCGCUCUACCUCUUUGGGGGAUGCGACCACAAGAUCCCCCCCGGGCCAAGCAACGACCUCCUCAAGCUAGAAAUGAACGGCGGAUUCAACUGGGCUCGCAUCGUUCCAGUAUCGUCUGCCCCAGAAGACACCCCCCCAGCCCGUUGGCGCCAUUCGGCGCUGUUGUACAGCGACAAGAAACUCAUCAUCUUUGGCGGGUUCGCCGCGGAAAAACGCAUGAACGACCUGUGGGUAUUUGACUGUGACACAAAAUUGUGGGAGCAGCAACACCCCCAGAACUUUUGGGAAGGUUUGCCCCAAUGCCGUGGAUCGCACUCAGCUACGUUGGUCGACCACAAGAUGUACAUCUUUGGGGGCUACGGAGGCAACGGCUACGGCCGCACUGACUUCAACGACGUCCAUGCGCUGGACCUGCGCACGUGGAAAUGGGAAGAAAUUCUCACCGAAGGCGAAAAGCCCGAAGCGCGAUCGAGCCACCAAACAUGCUUGAUACUGAACAAGCUGUUUGUGAUUGGCGGGUGGAACUCGGUCAAGCAAUUCCAAGACUUGUUUGUUCUGGACUUGACCACGAAUACAUGGAGUGCACCUGACGCCAAGUUACCCGUGCCAACGUGGAAUCAUUCGUGUGUCGGAGUGCAAGCCGUGCCGAACUGGAAGAUCUUUAUGUUUGGCGGCAAUUCAGGCGACUUGAACGAAUCGGGCAAUUCCCAAGGAACGUACUUGAACAAUGUGUCAGUUCUCGACACGGGGUUGAUGGAAUGGCGCCAGCCGCCUUUAAAAGGGGACUCGCCCCUUCCCCGAGCCGACACGGCAUUAGUGUACGACCCCGUGAGCUACAAAGUGCUGUUGUUUGGGGGGUGGGCCAACCGAUGGUUUGGCGACUUGCAUUGUCUUCACGUGAGCGAAAUUGUGGGUCCCCCGUACUCGGUGUCGUCGAUCGUGCCAGCGUCGGGGCCGAUCACAGGCAGCACCAAAGUCAAAGUCGAAGGGUACAACUUUACGGGGGGGUCGGCGAAUGUCCGAUUCGCAGUCUCCAAAGGGUACCUGGACGUGCAGGGGCAAGUGUUAUCUCCCACCACGAUUCAAGUCACCACGCCAAACUUUGACAAAUAUGGACCGCUGCAAACGGAGGUGCGCGUGGCGCUUCCAGGAGAAUCGUUUACCAAUAUCAGCACGUCGUACAAGUUUCAUAGCGUCACGAAUGCGUCCAAGAGUCUCGGGUUUGGGCCGUGCUUGAUGUUGUCACUGGCGCAUUUGGUCAUGGCGCAAGAACCCACGUCGUUUGUGAUUCAAGCGGUGGACAAGGAAGGCGUCCAGCGAGACUGUGGCGGGGACGUGUUUACCAUCCGGUUGACCGAAGUGACCGACGCCCCAGAUGGCGGCAUCCAGAUGGAUAUUUCGACCAUCAACGACAAGGGCGAUGGGCGCUACAUCGUCACGUUCGUCCCCCCCGCCGCGGGCAAGUUUAUCCUCACAAUCACGUUCGAAGGGACAUUUGACGGUAUUGCCGGACCCAUUCGCGGGUCACCGUUCGCGUGUACGUUCCAGCCACCCAGCGACGAAAUGACAAUCCGAUGUGUGCCGUCGAUUGCUCGGGAAGAUGACUUCAACUCGAGCGAUUUGAUUCGAAAGCUAUAUACAGACACGACCAAACGUGCGGGCGAUUUCAAGCGCGUGCUAAAAGAACUCAAGGCGGACAUUCCCAGCAACGACGUGGACGGGUUGGAAGCGCUCAAGAAGAUCAAAGACCUGAUGCGCAAGCUAGACAACGACCGUGCGGCCAACCAAUUGUUACAAGAGCAAACGUCCAACUUGUUUCAUUACAUGAAGAAGAUCGGCGCCCACGUGGACAAGGAGACAGUGGACGUGGAGAAUCUGGCCAAGUUGUUCCACGAUGUCCAAGUGCAAUGCCCCGAUACGGAGGCGCGGAUCACAGAGCCCACGCGUGUGUUCUCGGAAAAGACCGAGGCCACGAUCGUCGAGUACGAGAAGAAGAUCAAAAAAUGGGGCGACACGAUCAAAACGCUCGACUUUUGGGACUCCAAGCUCGAACCGGAUAAGGCGCUCGAGAAGAUUGAAAUGCAACUGGUCGAAUGGGAUAACGAAAAGAAACGAUGCGCCGAGAAGAGCGACUUGAGCCUCAUCUUUGGGUUCCCCCACCUCAUGACUGACACGCACAAGAUGAUGACGGCGCUCCGCACCGACAUUGAAGGAUCGAAAACCGUGUGGGCCAUCAUCAAGCGCACCAAGGCGUUCUUCGUCGCGACGCACGAAAUUCCGUGGCUGUCAAUUGAUUGCAACGCGUUGGCCAUGGAAAUUUCGGCCACGUUGAAAGAACUCAAGAAAAUUCCCAAAGAAAUUCAAUGGUGCGACGCGUACAAGUGGAUUCUCAAGGAGUGCCAAGCAUUUGACAAGACGCAUCCGUUGCUGCGGUGCUUGAGCUCGCUGUACAUGCGGUCUCGCCACUGGAAACGGAUCCAAGCGCUAACGGGGGAGUUUACGCCCCCGGACGUUAACCCCGACCAAAAGUUGGGCUUCUUGUUGAGCAAGCGGCUGCAUGAAUACGCCGGCGAGAUUGGUGAAAUCUGCUACGAAGCGGAAAAGGAGCAGGAACUGGAAACGAAACUGGUCGAACUCGAGGAAAUCUGGGCCCAAGUCGAGUGGGAAAUGGUGCCGUACAACCCGACCGCCCCCGAAGACGACCAAGUGCCGCUGCUGAAAAUCUCUGAAGACAACUUUGAGCUGCUCGAAACCAACCAGAUCGACGUCCAGACCAUGACGUCGUCGCCGUACCAGUCAGAAUUUGAAGGCCGCGUGACGGAAAUGCACGAAGGACUGGCCAGUGUGAACGAAGUGGUGGUCAUAUUUGGCGAAAUCCAGCGCAGCUGGAGUUACCUGGAACCGCUGUUCAUCCAGUCGGAAGAAGUGAAAAACCAACUGCCGGCGUUAACGGCAGACUUUGAGGACAUUGACGUCGAAGUGCGCAAGAACUUGCGCGAGGCGUGGAUCACCAAGAACGUCAAGAAGGCGUGCACAAAGCCGGGCCUGUUCAAGUUCCUCGAAGGCAUUGUGGAAAAGCUAGAGUUGUGCAAACAUCGACUCAAGGAGUUUCUCGACGGCCGCCGCCGCCAGUUUCCCCGCUUUUACUUCAUGUCGGAAGCCGAUUUGCUCGACAUCUUGUCGAACGGGUCCAAUCCGGCCAAGAUCAUGCCCCAUGCGUCGAAAAUCUACUUGGCAUGCAAGACCAUGUCCCUAGUGACAAACCCGGGGGGGCGCCCCACCGCGUCGGCGUUCGUGUCGGGGGUGGGGCAAGAAGUGGUCGACUUUGUUGAGCCAGUGCUGCUGGAAGGCGAGGCGGAAAUCUACCUCGAGGCCCUCCUGAAAGCCAUGAAGUUUACGCUGUUCAAACACAUUGAGCGCAGCCUGGUGCUGUACACCCAAGAACCGCGGGUUGAGUGGAUCAACCACCAGGACGCGAGCGGCAAGCCGAUGGACGCGGCCCAGAUCAUUCUACUGGCCGCGGGCGUGCACUACGUGGCCGAAGUCGAGGCGUCGUUUGCCGCCAUGGCCGGGGGGGACAAGGAGUCGCUGAUGCGGUACAACAAGAAGCAGGAGAUUCAGCUCGAAGACUUGAUCAAGCUCACGCAAAGCAAGAUCUCCAACGCCGAACGACAGCGCGUCAUGUGCCUCAUCACGAUGGACGCCCACGGUCGAGACAUUGUGGCCAACAUGGUCCGUGCGGGCGUCGACGUGGCGUCGCAUUUCAUGUGGCAGUCGCAGCUCAAACACUACUUUAGCCCGACCCAAGGUAGCUUUUUGAACCGCGACCAGAACUUUCGAGGGGCCAACAAUUCGCGGGCACAGAUUCUCAUUUGCGAUGCCGGCAUUCCGUACGACUACGAGUACCUUGGGAACGGACCGCGUCUGGUGAUCACGCCCCUCACGGAUCGUAUCUACGUGACUGCCACCCAAGCGUUGAAUUUGAAGAUGGGCUGCGCGCCCGCGGGACCUGCUGGGACUGGCAAGACCGAAACUACCAAAGAUUUGGCGAAUGCACUCGGGAAAGCCUGUUAUGUGUUCAAUUGUUCGCCGGAAAUGGACUACAAAUCACUGGGCAACAUCUUCAAGGGACUGGCAUCGUCUGGGUCGUGGGGAUGCUUUGACGAAUUCAACCGGCUUGUCCCCGAAGUGCUCUCGGUGUGCUCUGUCCAGUUCAAAGCUGUGUGCGACGCAUGCAAGGCAGAUGACGAGCGGUUCAUUCUCGAAAACGAACCAGUGAUGCUCGACCCCACCGUGGGGGCAUUCAUCACGAUGAACCCGGGGUACCUUGGCCGGUCGGAACUGCCCGAGGGGCUCAAAGCCCUCUUCCGCCCCAUGACGGUCAUGGUGCCGGACCUGGUGCUCAUUUGUGAAAACAUGCUCAUGGCCGAAGGGUUCACGCAAGCCAAGAUCCUUGCGUCGAAAUUCUACGGGUUGUACUCGUUGCUCGGCCAGUUGCUGUCGAAGCAGUUACACUACGAUUGGGGGCUCCGCGCAGUCAAGUCGGUCUUGUGUGUUGCGGGGGCAUUCAAGCGCGCCGAGCCAGACAUCCCCGAACCCGAUCUUCUCAUGCGCGCGCUGCGUGACUUCAACAUCCCCAAGAUUGUCGUCGAGGAUAACGUCAUCUUUUUUGGGCUGCUGGGGGACUUAUUUCCGAGAAACGACCCCAACAUUGACGUCCGGAAUGACCCCCCCCGAAAGCGCGACCAAGAACUCGAGUCGAUGGUGCAAGGGGCAUGUGAAGCCAUCAACAACAGUCCUCGCGAAGAAUUCAUGCUCAAGGUGGUGCAAUUGUCGGAACUGCUGGCGAUUCGCCAUUGCGUGUUUGUGAUGGGACCGCCGGCGUCGGGCAAGACAGAGACGUGGAAGACGCUUCGAAAGGCCAGGGAAAUCAUGGGAAUUUCCAUGGAAGUGCAAGACUUGAACCCCAAGUCGGUCUCGACCAACGAACUGUACGGGUAUAUCGUGCUCAAGACCCGCGAAUGGAAGGACGGGUUGCUGAGUAAAAUCAUGCGCGACUUGGGGUCCCGCACCAAAGACAACGGCGAAGACGACACGUCCCCCAAGUGGAUUCUGCUGGACGGCGACCUGGAUGCCAACUGGAUCGAAUCGAUGAACUCCGUCAUGGACGACAACCGAAUGCUCACGCUGGCCUCCAACGAGCGCGUGCCGUUGAAAUCGCACAUGCGCAUGAUAUUUGAAAUCCGAGACUUGGUGUACGCGACACCAGCGACCGUGUCCCGCGCGGGGAUUCUGUACAUUUCCGCGACGGAAGGGUACCAGUGGCGGUGUCUGAUCGACUCGUGGCUGCUGCGACACUGCACGCCAGACCCGACCAAGAAAGCCAACCAGCAAACGAUGCUGUUUACGAACGAAGUGCGCGACAACUUUCAGGGGUUGUUCAACCAGUACUGCGAGCCCACGCUCAAGUUUUUCAAAAAGCGGCUGCAGCCCGUGAUCCCCGUCGAGGAAGUGACACUGAUUGGCAACCUCUUGAACAUGCUCGACUGCCUGCUGACGCCCACGAUUCUGGCCGACUACGACGUCAUGCAAAACAACUUUUGCUUUUGCUGCGUGUGGUCGUUUGGGUCGAUCCUUACAAUCAGCGACGACGGCACCGACUACGCCGCUGAGUUUAGCACGUGGUGGAAAACCACAUGGAAAGACGUCAAGAUCGUUGCGAGUGCCAACAACACUGUAUUUGACUUUUGGCUCGACCCAGAAACGUCCAAGUUUAACCCGUGGAGCAAGUCGCCAUACUUUUACACGGCCACGUACAAGAGCCCUGACCCGAUCAACCAGAUCACGGUGCCGACCACUGAAACGUGUUCGAUCAGCUUUUGGCUCGAGAACUUGAUCAACAAAUCGCACCCGAUUCUGGUGUGUGGGCCCGCAGGCACUGGGAAGACGCAAAACGUGAACGGGGUGCUCAAGAAGUUGUCGAAAGAAGACGGCACGUCCAUCUUUCGCUACGCGACGAUCAACUUCAACUUUUACACAACCUCCACGAUCCUCCAGUCGACCAUGUUUUCGCACUUGGAAAAGAAAACUGGGUCCAACUUUGGCCCCCCCGGCAAGUACCGUCUGAUCUACUUUUUGGACGAUUUGAAUCUUCCAGAAGUGGACCCGUACAACACUCAGUCGGCCAUCUCGUUGCUUCGCCAGCAAAUGGAAUACAAGCACUGGUUUGACCGGGCGAAGCUGCAAGUCCAAAACAUCCUCAACACGCAAAUUGUCGCGGGUAUGAACCCCACAGCGGGGUCAUUUCUAGUGGACCCACGCCUCCAGCGCCACUUUACCACAUUUGCGAUGGGGAUGCCCGAAGCGCCGUCGCUAGUGACCAUCUACGAAACGUUCCUGGGCGGUCACUUGAGCACAUUCUCGGGCGAGUUGAGUGCAUCGGCGUUCUGGAACUCGCUCAUCAAAGCCGCCUUGACAUUGCAUACGUCGGUGGUGCAAACGUUUCGCAAGACAGCAGCCAACUUUCACUACGAAUUCAACGUCCGGCACUUGUCGAAUGUGUUUCAGGGGUUGAUCGCAUCCAAAAAAGAUCGGUUCUCGAGCGCGGAAAAGUUUGUGCUGCUGUGGCUCCACGAAAGCGAGCGUGUGUACGGCGACCGCCUCGUGUGCAAAGCCGACAUUGAAAAGUACAACCAACUGGUGCAACUCCAAGUCAAACGGAGCUUUCCUACCUGCAAUACGUCGCGGUACUACGCGCUCGAGAACGCGUGGCCUCUCAUAUUUUGCCACUUUACCAAGGACGGCGACCCCGAGUACGACCAAGUAAUGGGCACAAAUCUCGAAGACCUGAAAAAGAACCUGGAAAUCCAACUCCGCGACUUUAACAACAACGAAAACAACACGGCCAUGUUUCUAGACUUGUUUGACGACGCCAUCAAGCACGUGGCGCGAAUCGUGCGCAUCUUGCGCAAUGAAUCCGGGCACGCGUUGCUCGUGGGUGUGGGCGGGUCGGGGAAGCGGUCGCUGGCGCGGCUGGCGUCGCACAUUUGCGAAUACACGGUCAAGCAGAUUUCGAUUUCGUCGAAAUAUGGCGAAAACGAGUUCAAGGAAGACUUGCGCAAGAUGUACUUUGUGAUUGUGGACCAGUUGAGUCGUAGCGAAGACAAGGGCGGCGUGGUCUUUUUGCUCACCGACUCGCAGAUCACCAACGAAAAGUUUCUGAUUUACCUCAACGACUUGCUGGCGUCGGGGGACAUUCCCGACUUGUUUGCGAUGGAGGACAUGGACAACAUUGUCAACAUGGUGUGCGUCAUGGCCGGGUCCAAGGACCGGAAGGAAAUCAUCAAGUUCUUCCAAGGCGAGAUUCGUAAACGGUUGCAUUUGUGUCUGUGCUUUAGCCCUGUGGGGGACGACUUUCGAAGUCGUGCGCGCAAGUUUCCAGCGCUAGUGAACUGCACCGUCAUCGACUGGUUCCAACCGUGGCCAAAGGAAGCGCUGUUGUCGGUGGGCAAGGAAAAGCUCAAAGAGAUCAGCGACCUCCUUGGAUCGGACGACUCGCGAACUGGCAUUGAAAACUUUAUGCCGUUCUCGUUUGUGUCUGUGAACCAAUGCGCCGAGCGGUUUUUUCAAGUCGAACGACGGUAUGUGUACACGACGCCCAAAUCGUACCUGGAGUUGCUGCAAUUGUACAAGAACAUUCUCAAGAAAAAGGUCAAAGAGUACGCGGGGGCGAUCGAGCGCUUGGAGAAGGGGCUCCAGAAACUCAAAGACACGGGGGAUACCGUCGCCCGCCUUGAAGUCGAACUCAAGGUCAAGUUGGAGCAAGCUGAAGACAAAAAGGCGGUCGCGUCGGGCAUCGCCGAAACGGUCAACAAAGAAAAAGCCAAGGUCGAGGUCGAGUCCAAGAAGGCGUCCGAGGAGGCUGCCAAGUGCGCUGUGAUUCAAGCCGAAGUCACCGAGAAGCAGCGAUCGACGCUGGAAGACUUGGCCAAAGCCGAGCCCGCCGUGCAGCAGGCCAUGGAGGCGCUAGACUCGCUCAACAAGAAGGAUCUGGGCGAGUGUAAAACCAUGAGCAAGCCGCCGACGGGCGUCGACGACGUGUUUGGGGCAACAAUGGUGCUCCUAGCUGGCGUCCACCCCAACAUUGUCAUCACGAAGCAAGGCAAAGUCAAAGACUUCAAGUGGGACGCGUGCAAGAAGCAAGUGCUGGGGAACAUCCCAGAGUACAUAGAGUACCUGCAAAAGUUCAAGGAUAUUGUCGACGCCGGCCAAGUCCCGACCACGAAUUGGAAAGAAGUGCGCGAGUUCCUUGAGAAGGAGCACUUUAAACCUGACAUCAUUGCCACCAAGAACAAGGCCGCCGCCGGGUUGUGCAGUUGGGUGGUCAACAUCGUCAUGUAUUAUGAUAUCUUGAUCACGGUCGAACCCAAACGUAUGGCGCUGGCAGCUGCCAACUUGGAGCUCGAGUCAGCCAACAAACGGCUGGGUGAAGUCACGUCGUUAGUGGCUGACUUGCAGUCAAAGCUGGACAAGUUGAUGGAGGAAGCCGCGGCCGCCGAGAAAGAAAAGGAAGACGCGGUGAAUUCCGUCGAGCAAGGCAAUCGAAAGAUGAAGCUGGCGGGGACUCUAACCAAAGACUUGGGCUCGGAGAACGUCCGAUGGGGCAUCAACGUGUUGCAACUUCAAAAGGAAAAGGAUUUGCUUGUCGGCGACUGUCUCCUUGCGUCCGCGUUUAUCUCGUACAUUGGCCCGUUCACGAAACCCUUCCGCGACGAACUCAUCAACAAGCAUUGGGUGCCGUACCUUCGAAAAGCGGCCAACGGCAACAGCAUCGCCAUGAGUGAAGAGAGCAACCCCGUGUACAUUUUGACCAACGACGCCGAAAUCGCAGAGUGGAACACUCAGAAACUGCCUGCCGAUCGCGUGUCUACCGAGAACGGCGCGAUUGUCGUCAACACGGUGGCCAUGGGGCGCCGGCCGUUGAUCAUUGACCCGCAACUCCAAGCAAUUGCGUGGAUUCGAGAAAAGGAAGCGCCGUUCAACCUCCAGAUCGUGCGCAUGGGCCAGAAAUUCUGGAUCGAAAAGCUCAAGUCUGCAAUUGGCACCAAGACGGCGUUCUUGAUUGAAAACUUGGGCGAAAAGAUCGAUGCGAUUCUGGCGCCGGUGAUCCAACGAAGCACGUCCAAGCGAGGCAACCGCGUGGAGAUUGUCAUUGGGGACGCAUCCGUGCCGUACUGCGAAGAGUUCCGACUGUAUUUGCACACCAAGUUAGGGAAUCCGCACUACCCGCCGGAAAUUCAAGCUGAAUGUACCAUGGUCAACUUUACCGUGACUAACUUGGGGCUCGAAGACCAGCUGCUCAACUUGGUUGUGAGCAAGGAGCGGUCGGACUUGGCCAUCAAGCGUGAAAAGCUCAUCCAGCAGCAAAACCAAGGCAAGAUCGAGCUCAAGAAACUCGAGGAUAUCAUUCUACAGUACCUUGCCGAAGCGGACGACGACAUCACGAGCAACCAGCCGUUGAUUGCCAUUCUCAGCGACACUAAGUACAAGGCCCAGAUGACCCAGACCAACAUGGAGGCGGCCAAGAAGACGCAGGAUAGCGUCAAUGUGACGAGCGAAAAAUACAGGAGUAUUGCCGCGCGGGGGUCGCUGCUGUUCUUCCUCAUGAACGACCUCUCCAAAGUGCAUUCGUACUACAUUUACUCGCUCGCGGCGUUCCAAAAGGUGUUUUUGCAAGGCAUUUAUAACCUCCCCGUGGUCAAAGAUGUCGACGACGCUCCCCCCGCCGACGGCGAAGUGCCCGCAGAGGCCCCUGCCCCCGAAGGGGGGGCUCCUCCCCCAAGCGACGACCCGUCCAACGACCUCACGGACGAAGACAUUACAAACCGUUGCAAAGCGCUCAUCAUUUCCAUCACGACGUGUGUGUUUGAUUACAUUCGCCGGGGGUUGUUCGAGCGGGACAAGCUCACGGUGGCCACGAUGUUGUGUCUGAAGAUUCUCGUGCGAGACCAAGUCCUGACAGACGUGGAGAUUGAAACGUUUUUGCUUGGCAAGGCGGUGGCGGACGUGGGCAACAUGGGGGUGUUGGCCGAGUGGCUACCCGUGGCGUGCUACGCCAAGCUCAAGGCGCUGGAAUCCAUGAAAGUGUUCCACAACCUAGGGGAUAUCAUGCAGAAUGAGCCGGACGAGUGGCGCAAGUGGUUUGCAGCCGAAGACGCCGAAAUCGCGAAGUUGCCUGGCGACUUCAGCAAACUGUCGUCGUUCUCCAAGAUCAUUUUGCUGCGCGCAUUGCGCCCCGAUCGCGUCACGAACGCGUUGCGGACGUUCAUUCUAGAGUCACUGGGCGAGCAAUACGUGUCCCAGCCCCCGUUCGACAUGGUGAAAACGUUUGAGGAGACAAACCCAGCAAUUCCAAUCUUCUUUGUUCUGUUUCCGGGGGUGGACCCGACCCCGUGGGUAGAAAAUCUCGGCCGAACCAAAGGCGUGAGUGUCGAAAAUGACAACUUUAUCAACAUCUCCAUGGGCCAAGGCCAGGAGCAGCAUGCCGGCGACUGCCUCAAGAAACUCGCAAUCAAGGGCGGGUGGAUUAUCUUGCAAAACGUGCAUUUGAUGCAGAGCUGGCUGCCGCAGCUGGAGCGACAACUGGAAGAAAUCGUGGGGGAAGGGCCACAUGAGAUGUUUCGGUGCUUCAUUUCCGCCGAGCCGCCGCCAAUUCUGCUGCCGUUGGAGCUCAAUGUACCCGAGUCGCUCAUGCAGUCGUGCAUCAAGGUAGCUAACGAGGCGCCGUCCGACAUCCAGUCCAACUUGCGCCGCGCGUGGGCCACGUUCGGAGACGACAAGGUCCAAGCCAGCACCAAACCCACCGAGUUUAAAGCGUGCUUGUUUUCGCUGUGCUGGUUUCAUGCGAUUGUGUUGGGGCGCCGGCGAUUUGGGCAGCAAGGAUGGAGUCGUGCGUACAGUUUCAACACGGGCGACUUGACCAUUUGCGGAAAUGUGCUCAUGAGUUACUUGGACAACAACGACCAAGUGCCAUGGGACGACCUUCGGUAUAUUUUCGGGGAAAUCAUGUACGGCGGCCACAUCACCGACUCGUGGGAUCGCCGGACGAACAAUACGUACUUGACAGUGUUGUUAAACCCGGGAUUACUGUCUGGCAUGGAGCUCGGGCCAGGAUUCAAAAGCCCCAACCCCGCCGAGUUUUCGUUUCAAGAUUACGCGCAGUACAUUGAAAAGAACAUGGUCGCGGAAAACCCGAUGCUGUUUGGGCUCCAUCCGAACGCUGAAAUCGGGUACCUCACGUCCACGUGCGAGACGUUGUGUUAUGCGAUCGUGUCGAUUGGCGGUGGCGGGGGUGGCAGUGGCGGUGGUGGCAUGGAUAAGACGUCCAUGCUGAAGGCAUCGAUCGAUGACUUUGAAGCCCGCACCCCCGAGUUCUUUUCGAUGCUGGACCUGCAGGACAUUGCCGCGCCGCGGCUAACCGCCGACCACGGACCGUUUGUCGUCGUGGCCAUGCAAGAAUGCGAUCGCAUGAACGUCUUGUUGGACGAACUGCGGAAAUCGCUGGCCGAUUUGAAGAAGGGGCUCAAUGGCCAGCUCAACAUGAGUCAAUCGAUGGAGGAUUUGGCAACCGCGAUCGGACUGAACGAAGUGCCCGGCCGGAAUCCGUUUUCCCAGUGCAAGUGGGAGCGAAAAGCGUGGCCGUCCAAGAAGACACUCAGCGGGUGGUUUGUGGACAUGAUCAAGCGGCACCAGCAACUGCAAACGUGGUCUGUGGAUUUUGUCACGCCGUUUGCGCUGUGGCUCCCAGGGUUGUUCAAUCCCACGGCGUACACGACAGCUUGUUUACAAGUCACGUCUCGGCGGAAAAUGAUGCCACUGAACAAGAUGACGGUGGAAACCCACAUGACGACAUUUGCAGGUGUCGAAGCGGCCAAUUACUACCCCGACGACGGAGUGUUUGUGUACGGACUGUUCAUCGAAGGGGCGCGGUGGUCAACGCUGGACGAGAUCACGAACCGAUACAAGGUCGGAGCGUCCCCCACGACCGAGUGCGGGGGGGUAAUCAUGGACUCCAACCCGAAGGAGCUGCUGUGGAUGAUGCCCGUCGUGUACGUUAAGGCCGUCGAGACCAAACCCCUGUGGGAACCCACGAGCGUGGGCUACCUCCGGCAUGACCCCCUCAUGUACGAGUGCCCAGUGUACCUGACUCGGUUUCGAGGACCUACGUACGUCUUGCUCGCGACGCUGCCAACGGAUUGCGGACGGGAAAAGUGGGUGCUUCGGGGCGUGGCCGUGCUGUUCCAGGACGACAAUUAGUAGAAGUAAAUGGACAUUCGACGUUCGUAAUAUAGUGUUGUGUGUUGGAAUGCGUAA